UCAAAGGCUCACAUAAGAUCCAAGGAAUUGGUGCCGGUAUCAUCCCCAAAGUUUUGGAUACUGAACUACUUGAUGAAGUUAUUCAAGUGUGCAUGGAUGUCUGCUAUUAACUGCUGAUGUUUGAAACUGCUAGGCUUCUUGCAUUAAAAGAAGGUUUGCUGGAGGUUGCUGUGAAGAAGUUCUUGGACCAGGAUUUCUCAGGUGCUGCUUUGGCCGAGUUCAAAAGAGAAGUGCGAAUAAUGUGUAGAUUGCGUCAUCCAAAUGUUGUUCUUUUUAUGGGUGCUGUUACUCGCCCUCCAAACCUCUCUAUCAUCACUGAGUUUCUUCCAAGUGCAGGGCAUGCAAACAAUUGGGGCAUAUGGAGAGGGUGUGUAAAAACAAACAACAAGAAGAACACCAAGCUCAAGCAGUGGAUCAACACUAGGAGGAGCAACUUUUUGUUGCAUCUUGUUUUUCUAGUAGCAGUUCAAGUGAUGAUUGGCUUAUAAACAGUGGAUGCACAAACCACAUGUCUUUUGAUGAAUCCUUUUCAACGAAGUAAACAAGUCAGGGGUGUCAACAGUUAGAAUUGACAAUGGGCAGUAUAUUGAGGUGAAAGGUAAAGAGACUAUUGCAAUAAAAGGCUCAACAGGGUAUAAAGCUAAUUUCUUAUGUAUUUACUUAUUCCUAAAAUUGAUCAAAAGCUGCUGAGUGUGGGACAAUUGCUUGAGAAAGAUUAUUCUAUUGUGUUUAAGAAUAAAAUGUGUGUGAUUGCUGACUCAAAUGGUGUGUUCUGUUUUCUAUGAAAAUGAAUAGCAAAAGUUUCGGUCUAAAUUGGAACAAGGAUGAGUCUAGUGCAUGUCCAUGUACUUUGAACCAGGUUGAGUAAUGGCACAAGAGGAUGGGGCAUUUUUGGGAUGCAGACUUCUUUGAUGAAGGUCAAGGCUUCCUCCUUAGAGGUGACGGUCUUCCACCGGAUGUUUCGAGUGACUUGAUCUAUCGCCUGCCCAUAGUAUGAAGUCAUCCACAUCGCUGACCCUGAAUGGUCUAAGAGUGACCCUCCCGCAAUCCAUCUAUGGCAGAAAUAUUGAUGAUUGUUUCUGUACCAGCGCUAAGCCCUUGAGCUUGGGGAUUACAUAGAACUAAUAGAUUGACGGAUACCCAUAUAUGUUGAAUUUUUGUUUGGUUAGUAUUAUAUUGGUAGUGACAAUGUGAGGAUGGAGGUUGAUGAUGGGUUUUUGUUAUCAUAUGAUUCUAUGUGUAUGUAAUUCUUGGUCCUCCAAUUCAGUAAUAAUAGAAGUCGAUUGGAUAUUGAGAGCCAAUGGUAUUGGCAUUCAACUCAUGGGCCUUAAACAGUACUGGUCAUCAUCUACAAUUGGCUGCUACAAAUUGACUCUGACUGUGGACAAUGGGCCAAGGUCAUUUUCAUGUAUAUAUAUAUAUAUAUAUAUGAAUUUCAUAUGUUGAAUUUUC